AUGGCCAAGUUGAAUCCGUACGACAUUCUUGGCGUCGACAGAGAUUCAACAGACGAUGAGAUCCGGAAGGCGUAUCGGAAAUUAGCGUUGAAAUUCCACCCGGACAAAGUCAUCGAUCCUGAAGAAAAGGCCUCGAAUGAGAUGAAAUUUAAAGAGAUUACUACUGCAUAUGAGAUUUUAUCUAACGGAGAAUACGUAGAGGAAAUGGAGGAGGAAUAUGAAGGUCAAGGGUACGGGUUCAAUUUUGGUGAUGAUUUUAUGAAUUUUUUCAAUGAGGGACGAAACGCCCACCCGAUGGGGGGUCACCCUCAGCGUGAAGAUGAGUCGACUAAUGAGGCAACACAAAUUGAAAUUGAGGUAACUUUGAAAGAUCUUUACAAUGGGAAGAACGUGAAAUUUCAAUUGACGCGGAACGUGAUUUGUACCUUGUGUGACGGGAAUUGCUGGAGGAGGAGGAAAAACGGAGAUUUGUACAGUCCACCGGUGCUUUCGUGUACCAAAUGUAAAGGGGCAGGUUAUGUGGAGAGACUUGUGGGGGACUCCCCAUUUUUCCAAUACGUCCAAAGGAUUUCGUGUCGGAAGUGUUUCGGUAAAGGUGAGUACACAGCAAAACCCACUAGUGACAAGAAUAAAUGUAAACUCUGCCAUGGGGAAGGGCUGAUUAAGGAAAAACAACAACUUUUGGUAACUAUCCCUCGCGGUAGCGAAAAUAGCAAUACGAUAAUUUUCAAGGAGAAAGGUGACGAGGACUUAAGGACGAGACGUGCCGGUGAUAUUGUUUUCCGUCUUAAACUUCACGAUGAACCAAAUGGUGGAGACCCCGAUAUCUUGGUAACAAAGGAAGGUACCGAUUUACACAUGAACAUCGAGAUCCCACUCAUAGAGGCUAUCUCUGGUACCCAGGGGAGAUUUCUAACGAAAACGUUCGACGACAGAGUGUUGAAGCUGACGAUGCCGCAGGGGAAAGUUCUUAGACCUGGAGAUACGAUUGUGAUUAAGGGCGAAGGGUGGCCAAAGACGCCCAACGGCACUGAGUUUGGCGAUAUGUUCGUACACGUAAACGUCGAGUUCCCACCCGAUAAUUGGAUUAGUGAAAGAAACGACAUAACGACAUUGACAAAUGUUUUACCGGCGGGGAAAUCCGACGACGGGCACGCACAAACAGGCGAUGCCAAUAAUGCCGAGUUCGUCAAGGACUACGAGAUCUUGAAGGCAACUGAUGAGGGCACUCGUUCCUCAAACACGAAGACCGCAUCUCGGCCACCGGCUCAGGGAUUGUACAAGUGCAGUAUCCAGUGA